ACAAUGACGGGAACCAAAAUUAACCCGGUUAAUCACUGUUGCCGGAAGUCACUUUUGGGGAUAACAAAUUAAAAUUAAAAAAAAAUUAAUUGAAAAUGACCCUCUACACGAAACAACCUAUGACAACGUAUAAAGUCAUAGAAAGCAUUCUAAAAGGAAAUACUCAAUUCGCCAGUAUUUUCGUCAUAUUGUCAGAAGGUAAGAUUAGGUAUACAAUUAUCUCCACAUCGAGACAUAUUUCGGCUGUCAAGAUGUAGGAGUUUAAAGUUAACAAAAGGGCAAAAAUGCGGGAGACGCCCUGUAUAUAGGCCGGGCCAUAUCGGUUGUAAUUACGGCAUCCCCUCCAAGUUCCGCACGUACGUAAAACGAACGCCGCGGUGCCGGCGCUGCAUAUUCUGCAUCCGCGCAAACGCUGCCGAUCGAUUUGUUCAGCUGAUUCAGCUCACGGUUUGUUAUCAUACACGAAACAUGUCGCGAGUGUCACAAGUCCGACAAAAUUUCCAUCAGGAAUGCGAGGACGCCAUCAACAAGCAAAUCAACCUGGAGUUGUACGCGAGCUACACAUACCUUUCCAUGGCUUACUAUUUCCAUAGGGACGACGUAGCUCUCCUCGGCCACUACAAAUACUUCAAGGAAGCAUCCGAGGAAGAACGCGAGCACGCGUACAAGCUCCUCGAGUACUUAAACAAGCGCGGCGGUACUAUAAUUUUGACGGAGAUAGGGGCGCCUGAGAAGCAGAACUGGGGUACGGCGCAGGAGGCAAUGGAGGCGGCGCUCGAGCUCGAACGAAAUGUUAACUUGAGUUUGCUAGGGCUGCACGGCAUCGCAUCAGACCACAAAGACCCGAAUUUGUGCGAUUUCCUCGAAACCCACUUCCUCCAAGAACAGGUAGACGCCAUCAAAGAGAUCGGCGACAACGUCACUAACUUGAAAAGGGUCGGCGAGGGACUCGGCGUGUUUAUGUUCGAUCAGAAAUUAAGCGAUUGAUUCGCACGCCCUUGCGCUUCGUAAUUAUUUGUAUAAUUAUUAAAUUAUAUCACUGUCAAUUAUCGAUAUUAUUUACAUAAAACAGAAAUCAGUUUUGUCGGU